UCAAAUGUUACUCCGGAAGCGGUGAGAGCGCAAGUGGUUUCCCUCUUCAAUGUGCCAGAUUCGAUAGCGGUUGGGAAGGCGGUCAAAAUGAAGCAGAUUGUGAUACACUUUCUGGUAGUGCUAGGAUUUCACUACGGGAAAUCCUAUGUUGCACCAGUGUUGAGUGUUUGCUCCAGGAAUGAUCCAAACCUGGAAAAGUGCAUAAUGAACGCUGUGGAAAAGAUCCGGCAGAAUGUGAUCGAUGCAAACUACGGUGACGGUCGGAAAGCGCCACGGUUCGACCCGAUGUAUAUCGAUCGGAUGGAAAUCAACAACGGAGCGGGUUUUCGUUUGGUGUUGACCAAUGUCACCAUUAAAGGGACGGGUGGAUUCAUCAACAAGAAGAUUCGACCUGAUCUAGCAGGAAAGAAGUUCGACAUUGUUUCGGUUUUACCAAAAAUGACCAUAAUUGGGAAAUACGACCUUAACAUGCAGAUUUUACUGCUGAAUGCUGUCGGAAAAGGAGAUUUUCGUUUGCAACUCACUCCCGUACUGGAGGUAUGCAGCCGCGAUGACCCCAAUCUAGGCGAGUGUAUCAUGAAGGUCGUGGAUAAGAUCCGACCGAACAUUGCCAACGGAGACUACGGCGGUGGACGCACUGCACCCAAGCUGGAUCCGUUCGCGAUCGACAAGGUCGACAUCGACCAUGGGCCGAGUUUCCGCGCCAAGCUGAGGAACGUGACCAUCGAUGGGUUCAGCAAAUUUGUGCUGAAGAAAGUUCGAUCGGAUUUGCCCAACCAACGAUUCCUUAUCAGCGCGACGGUUCCCUCCUGCUUUGUCAAAGGGAAAUACGAGCUCAAUAUGAACAUUCUGCUGCUGAAGAUCAACGGCAAGGGAGACUUCAACCUGACAUUAGAUAAUACGCAGGUCAACAUGAUGAUCCAAUACUACUUGGAGCCCAAGGGUGACAAAAAAUUCCUUAAGUUCCGUCCAGUAGAGUUGAAAAUCAAAUUCGACAAGGCACGGUUCUAUCUGAAGAACCUGUUCGGAGGAGAUCCCGCCCUGGAAGAGAUCGGAAACCAAGCGAUCAAUGCCAAUCCACAUCUGCUGCUGGACGAAGUGAAACCUGCUAUUAAGGAAAAGCUGAAAGAAUCGCUGACGUUUAUUUCCAACUCGGUUGUUGAGGGAGCCGAGGAGGAUGAGCUACUUCCGAGAAAGAAAACUUAGCUUAGUACCUUAGUGACGUAAAUCAAGCGGAGCUGUGACUUUGUUAUGGAAUUGUUUAUUAUGUGAAUUUAUUUGAUCUGAUAACGAUAGAAAAUGGGCUAAGACAUGGUACACAUAUCGUAACGUUUUACUGCUGAGAAUAUCUAAUGCAUUGAAAGGCAUGUUUAAGCACAACAAAUAAUAACAUACAUGUACAUACAUUAAAACACACACGUUGAAUUAUUCUACAAUCUCAA